AUGGAAAAGCAGCAGGGCUCUCGUGUUGAGAAAAUCCGCCCUGCCAAGGCAUGCAAUACUUGCCGACGAAAAAAGGUCAAGUGUGAUGGGAAACGGCCAACUUGCUCGUCAUGUAUCAUUUUCAAACUCCCAUGCGGCUUCGAGGACGCAGGAACAAAAACGAGUCGCCCCAGCAGGGAAUACGUGGAGGAUCUCGAACAGCGUGUUAAGCGGAUGGACGAUGAAUUGCAGCGGCUGAGACAAAAUGAGAAAUCGCCUCAACAGACUGGUCAUAACUUCACACUUCAUCAGCCCUCCACGGACAGGCCUGAAAAUGCCGCCGGUCUGGACACGUCUGAUCAGCCAUCUUAUGUUCUACGAACGCAGGACGGCAAGAUGCGCUUCUUCGGAGCAUCUUCUGGAUUUGGAGUGCAUCACAAUCAAGCUUCCAGGAUCCCAAAGGGCAAACCGCCAAAGCUGGACCGGGAGCAUGCGGCCCGAUACAGUGCUACCCAGUGGCCGUUGACAAACUGGAUUCCAAGAAUCCUUCAAGACACCUUUGAGCAUCGAGCCGCUCAGCCUUUGCCAUCCAAGGAUGACACAAUGAGUCUGGUUUCCGAAUUUCUUUCUAGCUUCAACCGCACUAUUCCGCUGGUCGAUGAAAUAUCUCUGAUACGUUUGGCGGAGAGACAAUUCUCCUGGAAUCCGGAUGAUGGUCCAUCGUCAUGGAUAUUGCUAAACGUUGUGAUGGCCUUUUCUUACAGAGAGCGAGCGCAAGAGCCCACUGAUGCCAGCAAUAACUGGCAAAAAUCACUGGGCCACGUCAAAAAUGCAAUGAAUGUGGUGGUAGAUCUUUUCAUGCGGAAUGCCGACCUCCCUGCUGUACAAGGACUUCUGGGGCUGGCCCUUUACUUCCAAGGCACGCCUAAUGCUCAAGCCCUGUUCAUGUUCGCCGCAUCGGCAAUGCGCCUGGCCCACUCUAUUGGAUUACACCGAAAUACUACGUCUGGUUUCACACUUGCGGAGAUUGAAGAAAGACGAAGAACAUUCUGGAUAUCAUUUAUUUUGGAUGCAGAUAUCUCCCUUCGGGUUGGGCGCCCGCCGGCUCAGGACAUGGAUGAUUACAACACGCCGCUGCCAGCCGAGUCGCCUCACGAUGGCCGGGGUAUCAUUUCUAUUAAUGGGACCUCGAUCAACUUCUUUCGUCAAUUGGCUCAAUUUGCAACAGUACAAAGACUUAUCUAUCGGCACCUACAGACCGUGGCCGUCAUCCAACAACCCAAGGAGGUAGCCUUCAGAUCGGCCAAGGCUUGCGAAGAAGCCUUAUUGCAGUGGAAAACUCCUAUUCUUCAUAUCUUUGAACCAGAAAAGAUAUUUAAUUCCGAACCAAAUAGCUCUAGGGAACAUAUCCUUCGAUUGAAUCUUGCGUACAAUUGUUGCUAUGCAAAUCUCCGCCAAAUGCCUUUGGUUACGUCCUCUGCCAACGACUCAUCCAAUGAGUCCCAAUCCCAAUCCCAAUCCGAGGUUGACAAAGGCGUUGCAGCACUCUGCGUACGCUCCAUUGAUUCUGCGCGAUCUGCCCUUUCUUUACUACCGUAUGUCCGUUUGCUGGCAUCUGACUACAGAUGGAACGUGCUCUAUUUCUUCGCCACAGCAGCUGUUGCAUUGUCAUCCGAAAUUCACACUCAUCCUGCCCAUAGGGAUUCCCAUCGUGAUCUAAGCAUGAUUAGCGAGGCGACAAAAUUCCUCGCAAAUGUGUCUUGUGAAGAACCAGGCACUUUUGUCGAUUUCAUAUUAAGUGUAUGCUCCGAUUUAGAACGCUCUGCCAGAUACGCUAUCCACCAAUCACAGAACGAUGCCAUUGAUCCAGAAGCAACCAAUCUCAACGAAAAUGCCAGCAAUGCAGACAGUACUAUGCCUGAGCAGCAGCAGCAGCCUAGUGUCUACCCUGACCAAAGUGUCUUUAGUGAGGCUGGUUUUCUUACUGACACUAACCCCGAGUUGUUCAAUGCACAAUGGUCAGCCCCACCGUUCUGGAAUUUGCAAGAUAUGUUUAUCGGCAUGCCAUCAUCUUCGAACUGA